AGCAACGCGGCUCCAGUCUCACCCCGCCCGAGGGGGUGAAGACUUCGGCUCCCGCCCGUCCCGUCCGUCCCGUCCGUGCCGCCGUCGCGGCCCCGGCAGCGGCAUCGUCGGGCGCCGCCAUGGCCGGGCCCCUGCUGCUGCUGCUGCUGCUGCUGCCGCUGCUGCUGCUCCGCGCUCAGGGGGCCGUAUUCAUCGAGAAAGAAAAUGCCAACAAGUUCUUGGAAAGAACAAAACGUGCUAACUCUUUCUUAGAAGAAUUGAAGAAAGGGAAUAUUGAAAGAGAAUGCAAUGAGGAGCGCUGCUCAAAAGAAGAAGCAAGAGAAGCUUUUGAAGACCAGGAGAAAACUGAGGAAUUCUGGAACAUCUAUGUAGAUGGGAACCAAUGCAGUUCAAAUCCUUGUCACUAUGGUGGCCACUGUAAAGAUGGAAUUGGUUCCUACACUUGCACGUGCUUGGAUGGCUAUCAAGGCAAGAACUGUGAAUUUGUCAUACCCAAGUUCUGCAGAAUAAACAAUGGCGACUGUGAGCAGUUCUGCAGUGUCAGAAGAGAUGGACGGAAGGAUGUGCUGUGUUCCUGUGCAGAUGGGUAUGCUCUAGCAGAGGAUGGCAAACGCUGUGUUGCAACAGUAAAAUUCCCUUGUGGAAAAGUUUUUGUGGCAAGGCAGAAAAGGUCUGUUCUUUCACCCGCUGACUAUAAUAAUGGAACAAGUGAUGAAGAAAUGACUUUUGCAAACGGAACGAGCGCAGAGGAGGGCUUUGCAAUUACCACAGAAAGCCCAACCCCUCCCCCUGACAACAGAACAAGCAGCAAGACUCCAUAUGUGGAUACCAGGAUAGUUGGUGGGGAUGAGUGUCCUCCUGGCCAAUGCCCAUGGCAGGCUGUUCUGAUAGAUGAGGAAGGAAAAGUGUUUUGUGGUGGAACUGUUCUGAGUGAAAAUUUUAUACUUACUGCAGCUCAUUGCAUAAACCAAUCCAAAGAAAUCAAAGUUGUUGUUGGUGAAGUAGACAGAGAGAAGAAAGAGCCAUCUGAAUCAAUGCACACUGUGGACAAAAUAUUCGUUCACUCCAAGUUUGUUGCUGAGACUUAUGAUAAUGACAUUGCCUUAUUAAAGCUGAAGGAGCCUAUCAGGUUUUCGGAGUACGUCGUCGCAGCGUGUCUCCCCAAAGCAGACUUUGCUAANGGAGCAGGGGAUCUUGCAUGGCUGGGCUGGGUGCCCUUGUCAGUCUUUCCAGCUCGGAGGAUGAGCAUGGCAGGUCAUCGUGGGACAGUGUGGCUUCUUCCUGUUGUCCUCCUUUUCCUUCAGAUGAGGCAGACAGAUGGGAACCAAUGCAGUUCAAAUCCUUGCCACUAUGGUGGCCACUGUAAAGAUGGAAUUGGUUCCUACACUUGCACGUGCUUGGAUGGCUAUCAAGGCAAGAACUGUGAAUUUGUCAUACCCAAGUUCUGCAGAAUAAACAAUGGCGACUGUGAGCAGUUCUGCAGUGUCAGAAGAGAUGGACGGAAGGAUGUGCUGUGUUCCUGUGCAGAUGGGUAUGCUCUAGCAGAGGAUGGCAAACGCUGUGUUGCAACAGUAAAAUUCCCUUGUGGAAAAGUUUUUGUGGCAAGGCAGAAAAGGUCUGUUCUUUCACCCGCUGACUAUAAUAAUGGAACAAGUGAUGAAGAAAUGACUUUUGCAAACGGAACGAGCGCAGAGGAGGGCUUUGCAAUUACCACAGAAAGCCCAACCCCUCCCCCUGACAACAGAACAAGCAGCAAGACUCCAUAUGUGGAUACCAGGAUAGUUGGUGGGGAUGAGUGUCCUCCUGGCCAAUGCCCAUGGCAGGCUGUUCUGAUAGACGAGGAAGGAGAAGAGUUUUGUGGUGGAACUGUUCUGAGUGAAAAUUUUAUACUUACUGCAGCUCAUUGCAUAAACCAAUCCAAAGAAAUCAAAGUUGUUGUUGGUGAAGUGGACAGAGAGAAGAAAGAGCCAUCUGAAUCAAUGCACACUGUGGACAAAAUACUUGUUCAUUCUAAAUUUAUUAUUGACACUUAUGAUAAUGACAUUGCCUUAUUAAAGCUGAAGGAACCUAUCAGGUUUUCGGAGUACGUCGUCGCAGCGUGUCUCCCCAAAGCAGACUUUGCUAAUGAAGUUCUGAUGAACCAAAGAUCUGGGAGGGUUAGUGGCUUUGGGCGUGAAUUUGAAGGCGGACGAAGAUCCAAAAAACUGAAGGUGCUCGAAGUCCCCUAUGUUAACAGGAACACUUGUAAGCAGUCCACUAACUUAGCCAUAACUGAGAACAUGUUCUGUGCUGGUUAUGACACAGAACAAAAGGAUGCUUGCCAAGGAGAUAGUGGUGGCCCCCAUGUGACCAGAUACAAGGAUACUUACUUUGUUACUGGAAUUGUUAGCUGGGGAGAAGGAUGUGCAAGGAAGGGUAAAUACGGUGUCUACACUAAACUGUCCCGAUUCUUGCGUUGGGUAAGAACAGUCAUGAGUUUUGAAAAUUUUAUACUUACUGCAGCUCAUUGCAUAAACCAAUCCAAAGAAAUCAAAGUUGUUGUUGGUGAAGUAGACAGAGAGAAGAAAGAGCCAUCUGAAUCAAUGCACACUGUGGACAAAAUAUUCGUUCACUCCAAGUUUGUUGCUGAGACUUAUGAUAAUGACAUUGCCUUAUUAAAGCUGAAGGAGCCUAUCAGGUUUUCGGAGUACGUCGUCGCAGCGUGUCUCCCCAAAGCAGACUUUGCUAAUGAAGUUCUGAUGAACCAAAGAUCUGGGAGGGUUAGUGGCUUUGGGCAUGAAUUUGAUGGUGGAGAACUCUCAAAAAAACUGAAGGUGCUCGAAGUCCCCUAUGUUAAUAGGAGCACUUGCAAGCAGUCCACUAGCUAUGUAUUUACUGAGAACAUGUUCUGUGCUGGUUAUGACACAGAGGAAAAAGAUGCUUGCCAAGGAGAUAGUGGUGGCCCCCAUGUGACCAGAUACAAGGAUACUUACUUUGUUACUGGAAUUGUUAGCUGGGGAGAAGGAUGUGCAAGGAAGGGUAAAUACGGUGUCUACACUAAACUGUCCCGAUUCUUGCGUUGGGUAAGAACAGUCAUGAGUUUGUAGUGGUGGUGUGUCCCUUGAUCCUUCUUGCUAGCUACCAAGAUGCAGGAUUGGUAAUGGAAACUUUCUUUUCCUGCACAUCUGCUAAGCUGGUUUUGAAAUCUGGUUCCUUAAAGUUAUGGUCAGCUUCCAUUUCUAGUCUUCCUGUCUUUAAAGCACCUCUCUGUGGACUGCGGAGGAGUUUAGAAUUGGUUGAAUGAGGGAAUUUCUCCAAACAAAAAGGCUUCUGAGCAGAGUCUUUGGCUUCUUUCAGUUAUUUAUCAAUGGCCAUUUUGGUUCCUAUGUGUUGACACCAGUGCUCCUACCAGAGGCUGUUAAACAUGUUCUGAGCAGUCCCGAGUCAUGAUGAAAGCAGGAAGGACAGGACUCAGUUAAUCCUCAUAUUGCAGCCAUCUGGCUCAGCAGGGAGUUUGUCCUUACUGGAGUUGUUGAGCUUCUGCCUUUAGACAUGACCAGAAGAUUAAGGAGCAGGGGAUCUUGCAUGGUAAAAGCUGAGACACAAUUAAUUAAUCAGUGUUUGGUGCUAAAUGGCCACAUGUUCCACAAAUGGCCUGCUCAGAUCACACCUGCUCAUUAAAAGGGGUUUUGCUUUGUAAGGAUUGUACUUCACUUUAUUUUUAUUUGUACACUCUGUUCAUUGGAAAAAAAUAUAUGUGCACAUUCACUGUUUUCUGUAUCUUGUUCUGGAUUAUGUAUGGCUGAGGAGUGGAAAGCUCCUUACAAGUGUAUUGGUCUAGAUGUUCCUGUUAGGUGCAAUAUUGAUGUACACCAGCAUUUGAAAUAAAACAUUCUUUCUCUUUUGUUC